GGCGGGGCUCCCGGGGGCGGGCUGUGGCCCCUCCGGCCCGUCCCCUCGGAGGUGGGUGCGGGUGCGGGUGCGGGCGCAGCGCACCUGCCGGGCGGCUCGGCUCGGCUCGGCUCGGCUCGGCUCAGCGGCGCUCAGCGGAGCCAUGCCCGCAGCCACCGCGCCCGGGCUGGACGCGCCGCGCACCUCCGCGCUAGGGCGGGACAGCGGCGGCCCCCGCGGAUACACAGGGCAGUGCAGCCGCCUCCUCCCACCCCAGCUUGGCUCACUCCAGGUCCUUCAUGGCAACGGCACCGAUGUGGGAACUGUGGUCACGUUCCAGUGCUCUGUCGAGCACCAGCUGGAGGGACCAGGCAUCACCACCUGUGUCUGGAAAGGGAACAGCACACAGUGGACAGCCGGAGUGCCUUCCUGCAAGCCCAUAUCAAAAUACGAGACUUUUGGCUUUAAGGUCGCAGUGAUUGCCUCCAUUGUGAGCUGUGCUGUCAUUCUGCUGAUGUCCAUGGCUUUCUUAACUUGCUGUCUGAUCAAGUGUGUGAAGAAAAGUGAGAGGAGGGGAACUCAAAGAGAAAUGCAGCUUUGGUACCAGCUAAGGACUGAAGAACUAGAGCACAUGCAAGCUGCUUACUUUGGUUUUAAGGGAAGAAACAAUAACAACAACAAUAAGAAUCUCAAGAAUACAUCUGUAUUUGGUGACGUUACUAACAUGGCAUAUGAUAACCAAGGCUUCUACAGGUCCCAGGAAGAGUGGACUCAGGGUGUUGUAAUUCCUGGGUGUUGCAAAGACAACAGUCAUCUGCUGAAGGUAGACAAGAGCAGUCGUGCACUUGACACAACAAGACACAACACUGCACUGCAGACAGUGAACUUCAUACACGUUGUUGAAGUCUACAGUCAUAAGGAUAGUUACAACAAACCAACUUGCCAGAUACCUGGAUAGCUGGUGUCUGAAAUGCAGCUGCUUCUCUAGAUCAAAAUGAAAUUUUGAUAGAAAUAUGUGCCUUAAAGACAACAUAGAAAAUUCAUUAUUCAUAUGAAUUGUAAGUUUUCUAUAUUCCAAGAUGGUUGUUUAACAGAAAUGCUUCAAGGUCUGAUACAAAUAAAGGUAUGAAUGUUGGGACUGUCAAUCCA